UUAGCGGUUAAACGGUUUGGGUCAUGAUGUCAUUGGUAAGUACUAAAAGUACAGCUUUAAUCUUCCUAAAAGCACGAUCCUUGCAUCACCAUACACACAAAAGUAAACAUCAUUUACUGCUGAUCUACUGGUUAAACAAAGAAGGAGCUAAGGUGCUGAUGGACUCCCAAGUGCAGUUAGAUGGGCGUCUGUUAGAGUUAGUCGAUUCUGCAUGGCGCCUGGAUCGUCUGCCUAGUGUGGGGGGCCCAUUGCUGUACCAUAUUAGACCCCCGAUCCCGGGCCCGAUACUCAAAAACCAAAAAAAACAUUGCCGGGCAACAAGAGACAAGUGGGUGAUUUGAUGCCCCUCCCAAAUUUUAACUGAUUUCCAAACUCAAAGCAGCACAAGUUAGAUUACAAAGAAGAUUACUUUCAGGAUUUUGUACCUCUUGAGAAAAUUUUUUGAUAUUUCGUACGCAAUAAUGGAAAAUUUUUGAUCUUUGGGAAACAGUGGUGUAUCAACAGCCCCGCGCUAGAUUUCUUCCAAUAGAGUGUCAGUUCUGUAACAAGAGUUUCUGCAAGGAACAUUUCCCUCCUGACUAUCAUGGAUGUACUGGAGAAUAUAACAAAGUUGUGACAGAGGUGGUUGGACAAGGUGGUACUCUUCAUCAUUGUCAAUUGCCAGAAUGCAAAGAGGGUGAAUUAACACCUGUAAUUUGCCCUGGAUGCUCAAAAAAUUUCUGUCUACGACACAGGCAUCAAGUUGACCAUCAUUGUCCAGCAUAUGAGCCACCAGUAAAUCCCAUGGCUGAAGCUGCAGUGAAAAUCCAGAAGAUUUCAGAGCGCCUGGGAUCAGGUGCAUCCUCUAAAGGACAGGGAAGGAAAUCAGAUAAACUUGCAGCAAAGGUGCAGUUGAUGAAACUGAAGCAGAUGUCAUCUGGUCAGCAGAGCUUACCACAGGAGGAAAGAGUUUAUCUGAUGAUUCUUCUCCCUAAGUGUCAUAGUAUUACAUCUCAACCAGUAUUUGUGUCCCAUCAUUGGACUAUUGGGAAAGCGAUUGAUACCAUUGCUACCAUAGCAAAGGUUCCCAAUCGCAAUAACAUCCUUGGUGCAGACAAAUUACUUCUUUUCCGUGCCAGCGACGGAUCUCGUCUUGGCUCUAUGGAAGCCAAUCUCAAAGUGCUCCUCGAUGACCAACAGCUGAUCAAUGGACAGUCUCUAAUUUUAGAAUACAUGUGUCAAGACUGUCAAUACCUGGAAGAUUUUAAGAAUUACAAAUUAUAAUGUAACAAAAAUUGUCUUGAAAUACAUUUCCUUAUAUUUC